GGCGUUCAAUUCAGAGUUUAACUUGUAAAAUGUUGUAUAUAAGUUCAGGAAUACUACAGUAAAGUUACAAGCUCUACUGGACGCCAUAGACGAAGAAUACGGCAGUAAUCUAUAUCCAGGUAACGAAAUGUCUUCCGAUCUUACAAAUGCCAACCUGUUCCUGACAACAGCCUUGCUAGUUCUAGUUCUUGGUGUCACGCAGACGAAUGGGGUCCAAACCCAUGUCUGCACCAUGUUUGAUCGGUCUCACCAUCGUGGCAUUUGCGGCUCCAUACUGGCUGAUGUGGUUCAGUACGUGUGCCGCCACUAUGCUCAGAGACACAAAAGAGACACUAUGUCAGAGCCAGUUGAUUCAUUAGCGGACAUCUCGCUUAAUAAACCAAACGCAUUGUCGUUCCUGAGCAAAAGACAGAAUAUACCUGGCAUGAACAUUAAUUGCGAAUGCUGCAUGAACCGAUGUAACGCUAUCGAAAUGCUGGAUUACUGCCAUUAUAUAUAGCUCUACAGGAAAUGUCAAAUUCUUAAAUAAAAUGUGUAAACUCAA